AGAGAGUCUCUGACGAAGGUCUUCACUUCAUUGUUCAUCGAAUCUUUGCGCUGUUAACGUUGUUGAGUGUCGCUCUCCGUUAAUUUAGUUUGAAUAUUCUCAAAAACUUGUGAAUUUCCGAAUAAUAGAGAUUUAUUCAGUGUUCCAAUACAAUUUUGUUCUACAUUCGUUUAAUUAAUAAAACUACAUCUUAAAAUGACGGACGUCGAAAUGAAGCCUGCAGAAAAAGUAACCGGUGAAACAGAGGCGGAAGCUCCAAAAACUGAUAACGAGCACCAGCGCAAAGUAAACGUUGGCAACUUGCCAUCAGAUGUGACGGAACAACAGCUGCGCGAGUAUUUUAGCGGACAUGAGAUCGAAAAGGUGGAGAUUUUCCAUUAUCGCAAGUACACAUUGGCUAUGCUCUUGUUUAAAGAUAAAGAGGCGGCCACAAAGGCUAUUACCGAGAAGGAAGGAUCCAUAUUCCGUGAACGUCGCCUUCGCAUGCAUCUGGAAUACAUCACGAUCCGGCACAUUAGGCGCGAUGUCAUCGUUGUCGUUGUUGACGAUGAAAACACGACCGAGGAGCAAUUGUGGGACAAAUUGAAGGUUGCAGGCGUUGAGCCAACUUCGGUACUGCUUUUCCAUCCCUUGGGCUAUGUAUCUUUGCCAAAGGAUUCGGAUAAAUCUGCCAUUUUGGAAAAGUUGAAUGGAGCUGGUUUCAGUGCGCAUGACGUCAACCAGCGCGAUCAAAACCAACAUCUUGAUAUUUGGCGGGCUGCUAAGUUAUUUUUCCGCAAUCGGAACCGUGUCCAAUUGCUAAACAUCCCAAACAAGUGGAUCGAGGAUAAGGAGGAGAUGAUGAAGCAAUGUGCCGAAGGUGGUUCAAUUUUAGAAGCAGUUUCAAAUAAUGUGAGCCAAAAUGCUUCUAAUUACGCUCGUAUUUUUUACGAGACCGAAGAGCAAGCCGCCAAGGCAGCUACUGUUUUGAAUGGUCGUGUGUUUGAGGAUAAACGUAUUCAUGCUUUGCAUCUAGGAUCAGCUUUGGUUCCAAAUUACAAAACAUCGGUGUAUGUUACUGCUUUGGAAAAGCAAACUACUGAAGAGCAGGUGUAUGAUCAUUUUAAGCAAUUUGGUGACAUUGACUUUGUAAAUCGUCGUAACUGCAACGAUGCAGCUAUCAUUUGCUUUAAAACUGCAGAUUCGGUAGAUAAAGCUUUAGCCUGUACUACUUUUCCGGUCCCAACUGAGGAGAACAAGGAUGCAACAAAGGAGGUGACGGUGAAGAAAUACGAUGGCCCAUUGGUGCUUCGACCACAAGCUAUCAAACGAAAAAUUAAGACCACCGAAGAUGGCAAGCCGAUUGACACGGAGGAAAGAACUAAGGAACAACAAGAUGUUUUGAAAAAACUACAAGCAUACUUUCCCGUAUUUGUCGCUAAUGUUCCGUUGAACUGUCCUCCAUUGGAAUUAAAGCGUUACUUCACCCAGCAUGGACCAAUCAAGUUUAUGUUCUCGCCACAGAUUGUGCCAUAUCGCACAAGCGCUCCGCAUCCGGUGAAGACAUUUAUCAUCUACUACAACUUCAAGCCAAGUGCGCAAAAUGCUUGCAAAUUUCUCGAUCACAAGUUUUUCGGUGGACACCGUUUGCAUGUGCUUCCGUUGCGCGGCGAGCAAUCUUUCGACACAACAAAGACACUAAAAUUGACAAAGAUUCCCUACUUAUCCGAGGAUGCAUUGUUCAAGAAGAUUAAGCCAUAUGUUGGUAAGAUCAAUCGCAUUGUGAAGAAAUCGAGAUUGGCUGCGUACAUUGAGCUCAAUGAUCCUGCUGAUGUUGAGAAGAUGUUAAAAACUGAUGCAGCGGAUCACCCGUUCCCAAAGGGCCGGAUUGAAGCUAUCAAAACAGCGGUGAAUGUACGACUCUACAAUGAGAACGAUUCGCGUGUGUUGGCCGGCAUCGCUAAGAUUAUCUCGCAAAAUCCGGACAUGCUCAAAAAAACCCCAAUAUCUCAGGGUGGACCGAUGAACAAGCGCCCACGUCUUAAUGGUCCCGGUUUUAAUCAAGGCCCUGGUGGCUUUAAUCCCAAUAGCAAUCUGAACAAUCCCCAAGCUAUACAAGACUUGUUGCGUCUUGCGUUCAUGUCUGGUAAGAACGUUGGCGAGAGUCUGGCUUCUAGCCAGAACUCGUUUGAUGGUCCCGAUCCACCAAUUGCCAGUUCAAACAACUUUGGCGACGGUGGUUUCGGAAAUCGUAAUAGCAAUCGCAAUAACCAAGGCGGUCAAGGCAACUUCCGUGGUCAAGGAAGAAACAUGAACCAGAACAACCGUGGCAAUGCCAACAAUAGUUUUGGCGGCAAUAAUGCUGGUGGUAAUAACUUCCAAAAUGCCCCCGGAAUCAAUCAGAACCGUGGUGGCCAGAACGUAACAAACCGUGGUGGUAAUCAACCGAACAACCAAAACCGUAAUGCUGCUAAUAAUGAAAUUGCUAACGUUGUUGCCCAGAAUCGUAAUAACCUGAAUCAAGGUAACCGUGUGCAGCCAAAUAAACCAGGUCUUGGUGGCAACAACCUGAAUCAGAAUAGGAACCAAGGUGGCGGCAAUCUAAACCGCAACCAGAACCAAAAUCGUAACCAAAAUAAUCGCAACAAUAACUUCGACAUUGACUCCUCCUUUGGAGGAGGUAACACCUUUGGCAAUAAUCGUAACAAUUUUGCUAAUGAUAAUUUUAACAACGACAGCUUUGGCAACAAUCGUAAUGAUAAUUUCUCAAGCGACAACUUUAGCGGCAACAACCGUAAUAACUUCGGCGGUAAUAACCGCAACCAGAACGACAAUUUUAGCUCGUUCGGUGGUGGUGGAAGCAAUAGCAGCGGCACUGGCAAUAAUCGAUUCAAUACCGAUAAUAACCAAUUCGGUGGUAAUUUUAACCGCAACCAAAACAAUCGUUUCGAUGACGAUAACAACUUCGGUGGUAAUAAUCAGAACCAGAAGGGUAACAACUUUAACCCGAACCGUCAAAACAAACAAUUUAAUAGUGGCAACCAGGGAGGUGGUAUGUCCUUUGGCGAAUUUAACUCGAAUACCAACCGUAACUUCGGCGGUGGUAAUUCUAACAGUAAUUUCAACCCCGGUAAUGUCGGUGGUGGAAAUAAGUGGAACAACAAUUCCCAGCAAUCGAACACGGGCAGCCGCCUCGCUGGUAGCAUUUUCAGCCGCCGCUUUUAAACAGCAGGCAUAAUUUUUUAAAAG